AUGGCGGAAGAAUCAUUGGGUUACGCUCUGCUUGGCUACCUCAAUAUUGGGUUCAUUGCUAUUGCACUGGCUGGAAGCACUCCUCUCGCUGUCCUCUUCUUCGUCAAAUUACACCAGAGAGGCGCCAAGUCUCGUGCCCCUAUCCCAUGGAUCAAAGGUGCCUCAGCAAUUGUUACAAUAUGGUUCAUCCUUUGGCUGAUGGAAAGCUGCAUGACACUCCAAGUCGGUCGGAUCAGUGGGAAAGCAGCCGAAAAUCUAUUAACGAUCCAACUACAAGUCGAAGCUGCGAAGAACAUGUUUGGGCCUCCCGCUUUGGCAACCACCCUGUACGCACAUCUCGAGCUCGUCUUGGCCCUCGGCGAGCAAUCCGGCUUCUUGAGUCCUCGAUUUCCACGGAUAGGGGCAACUGUUAUGCUGGUGUUUAUCGGGAUAUUGAGCAUCGUUCGAUUCAUCAUAUCCCAGUAUAACAAUAUCUCCGUCGACAUUAAGGGGAUAUUUGAUCUUGUGCUUUCCAUUCUACUCUUCGGUUUCUGUCUGGGGUCCACGGGUUGUCUGUUGAGAACGAGCCACACCGAGAUGAAUAAGAUUUUUAAUCUUCUAGCUACGGUAUCAAGGCUCUCGUUAUUCCGUCACGCGUUCGACAUAGCCUAUUUUGGCGUCACAACAUACGUCAAUCUCGAAGAUCCCGCUGUCUUAGAGUUCUUAAGGCCCCUUGUUGUCGGCUGGGGAGUCAUUAUCUGCCUUGGAAUCUUCUUUCUUGUCGUGUCAAAACGAGGAACCAAUCUGUGGGAUCGCGCCUACAGGAAAGCUACAAAGAACAAGAGGAACUUCUACCAGCAAAGCGAAUAUAACAAGAGCAAGGUCAAUCCUAGCAAUAAGAGCUUCCAGACUCAGAAUACCAGCUCCAAGAGCUUGCCGACUCAACGAACCAGCAGGAGGAUAUACUGCAACAGCAAUAAGAGUCUGCCGAGUCUGCCUAUACCUCCCAUCCCGCCUCGGCGACCAAGGAGAAGCAUCAGCAACAGGACCACGAAGAGCACAUACCCACCA